UUCGAAUAAACAACAUCAGCAAAUAAAAGAUGCGUAUUUAGUUUCUUUGACUAUACUUUCUUGCUCUGUCAUCCUUUCGUAAUGACUUCAAAAUUAUCAUUCAGCGUCUCCUCUUUUCCUAUUGUACAAUCGGCGGGCAGAACAGAUCAAGAGUAUGCAUGGGACCUCUGCAUCCGAUGUGAGCAACCUAUCAAAGAACAGGAAGUCACACUCUAUGGAGUAAAAUAUCACAGCGAAUGCGUUCGAUGUUCUUCCUGUGACAUUCAAAUAAAUAACGACUCGAUCUUCACGAGAGAUGCAAAACUAUUUUGCUCAAAAUGCAUACAUGUUGCCGGAAAUACCGAAAAGACGAAAAGCUGUGGACAUUGCAAAGAAGAAAUCACAACAGCCAAUCAAUGAGUGUCACGUGUCGGUUGAAGAUCGCACUUACCAUCCACAGUGUUUCAAAUGCAGUGAAAAGUCGUGUGGUAAAAAACUGACAGGCACCUUCCAAACUAACAAUGGGAUGCCCUACUGCGUGGAGUGCUACUACUUCUACUUUGCCAAGAAGUGCUCCAAGUGCAACACUGCUAUUAAUUUGGAUCCAGACACUGGUCGUUCCACCUUCAUCUCCUUCAACAAGAAGUUCUUCCACCAGAACUGUUUCAGAUGUGAACAACCCAAGUGUGACGCAGUCAUAGACAAUACCCUCUUCUCUCUUGUAGACAAGAAAACCACCUGUCAGAACUGUGCCAAGAACUUCGUAGUCGCACUGCAGACCAACGCCGUUCAGACCUCUUCAUAGAUUUUACCUUACUUACACUUUGUGUAUUUGUAAUA